GACACGACACGACACGACAUUCGUUAAAUGUCUCUCAUAAUUUUCCCCUUUAUUUAUAAUUGUUUUGUAGUAAUAACUUUUUGAUGUAAUAUGUUUAAAAAUUCCCACCACAUAUCAAAUUGACAAAUUCUGCAUCGAUAGUUCCUCUCACAAACACAAACAGAGUCAAAAGCAGUGACUCUGUUCCAAAAGCAAAGCAGCUUCGCAAGAAGAUCAAAUCCGAAAAUGUGCGAUCGAUCUUAAUCCUUUUGUUUUAUUACUAUGACAUCACUUCCUAAAUUUCCGGUAAAAUCUUUUAUUUCCCGUAUACCUCGUGGUUCCUUUUUAUUGACGUUAUCUCUCAAAUUUCUCUCUUCAAUUAAUUUAAUUGGUUCUUCUGUCUUAUGAACGACAACAGAGGAGCUCUAUCUCGUUUCCUCUUAUUUAUUAACAAUUCUCAUACACACACUAACAGAAACACACAUGUUUGUUUGAUUUCAUCUUUGUUUUCGUGUCUGAAAAGAGAUAAUCUGUUUUAUUUGAUUUGACUUUUGAGAGAACAGAGCAUAUAGAAACAGAGCAGCUCUGUUUUUUUUUGUUUGUGUUGCAGUUUGUAGAAGUAUGGAGAGGUAUGAGAUAGUGAAGGAUAUUGGGUCUGGUAAUUUCGGAGUAGCAAAGCUUGUUCGUGAGAAAUUUUCCAAAGAGCUUUUCGCUAUUAAGUUCAUCGAGAGAGGCCAAAAGAUUGAUGAACAUGUACAAAGAGAAAUCAUGAAUCACAGGUCACUCAUCCAUCCCAAUAUAAUAAGAUUCAAGGAGGUUUUGUUGACGGCAACACAUUUGGCGCUAGUAAUGGAAUACGCCGCCGGAGGAGAACUGUUCGGAAGAAUCUGCAGCGCCGGGAGAUUCAGUGAAGACGAGGCAAGGUUUUUCUUUCAGCAGCUUAUAUCAGGAGUUAAUUACUGUCACAGUCUUCAAAUAUGCCAUAGAGAUUUAAAGCUAGAGAACACUUUGUUGGAUGGAAGUGAAGCGCCGCGCGUAAAGAUUUGCGACUUCGGAUAUUCAAAAUCAGGCGUUCUUCAUUCGCAACCAAAGACCACUGUAGGAACACCUGCUUACAUUGCGCCUGAAGUGCUCUCCAAGAAAGAGUAUGACGGCAAAAUCGCUGAUGUUUGGUCUUGUGGAGUCACUUUGUAUGUCAUGCUUGUUGGUGCUUAUCCUUUUGAAGAUCCUUCUGAUCCUAAAGAUUUUCGGAAAACCAUCGGUCGGAUUCUCAAAGUUCAGUAUUCCAUUCCUGAUUAUGUUCGAGUUUCGGAUGAAUGCAGACAUCUUCUCUCUCGGAUAUUCAUUGCCAACACUGAAAAGAGAAUAAGGAUAGAGGAGAUAAAGAAUCAUUCUUGGUUUCUCAAGAAUUUGCCGGUAGAGAUGUCUGAAGGAUCAUUGAUGAUGAAUGGUCCAUCGACUCAAACAGUGGAAGAGAUAGUGUGGAUCAUUGAGGAAGCUCGGAAACCGAUCACAGUAGCUACUGGACUCUCCGGUGCUGGUGUCUCUGGUGGAAGCAGUAAUGGUGCCAUUGGAAGUACCAGUAUGGAUCUCGAUGACUUGGACACCGAUUUCGACGACAUCGAUACCGCUGAUCUCCUUUCCCCUAUGUGAACAAAUUUUAUUACAAAAACAAAAGCCAAAGAUUUCAUGUUUCUGAAGCUGAUACACAGACGUGAUUAUAAUUGUCAUCUUAAGAGUUUUGUUUAUUAAGUGUUGUCCAUUAGACAUUUUCAUUCAUGUAUUAUACGUAUAUAAACAGAACAUAUUUAGUAUAAAUUAAGUUUCUCUGUCA